CUGCAUUUUUCUUCUCAAAAGAAAAUUCAAACCAAAUUCCAAGAAAUUAAAGAAGGUUUAGUUGAAUUUUAUUGGAUUUCCGAUAGACGGAAGGUGGGGGGUUCUGGAAACUGCGGAGUCGGGCUGUUGCGGCCAUUGAAGAGGUUCAGAGGAAGGAAGCUGAUGUUUACUCUGUUUUCUUUGAGGAAAGUCCGAUAUGGUUCUGUUUCAGGCGAGCUUGAUUCUGGGUAUCACUAUUUCGCUACUGCGCGUAGCCUGUUGUGCAGGAUCGAAUAAUUCGUCGACGACGUGCGGGGUCGGUUAUUUCUCAAUGAAAGUACAGUACCCGUUCGGGUUUUCCUCCGGAGACCCGAUCCAGCUCAACUGCACCGACACCGUGAGAAUAGGGGAUUUCAGGGUAGAUACUGUAACCGCCGAUGGCAUCCUGGUCUACCUUCCCGCCAAAUGCAACCGUUCGAUUCUGUCAAUCUACUCUCUGUUUGGGAAUAACUACGCGCCGUCGUGGAGGAACAGCAUCCUCCUCCAAAACUGCAACGACUCGGGGAGCGGUUGCGAGAUGAAGCCGCGUCUUUUAGAUCACGGGUGCGGUGGUGGGGGCGAUAAUAUAACUUGUUUUCCGAAGCAUGAUAACAAUAGUGGGCAUAUAUUGACCAAGCAACAGUUGAAUGCAACGAAGUGUGGGUUCUUGUACUCAUCAAUUGCGGCCGAUUACAAAAAUGCGUCCGUAGGUUCCCAGGAGAAGGUUAAAUUAGAAUGGUGGAUUGAAGGAAAUUGCGCUAGUCCAUGCCAUGAAAAUGCUACUUGUACGAAGGUUGGACUUGGUUAUGGGAAGUUUGGAGUGCGGUGCGCUUGCAAAGAAGGGUUUGUCGGAGAUGGGUUCCUCCACGGCCUUGGUUGCCGGCGAGCAUCACCUGAACCUAGCUUUUUACCCAAAACAAAUUCUAGCUGCGGUGCUACAAAAUUCGUGUCUGGCAAAUGUGGAGGGACUAUAAGAGUUGGCAUCCUUGUUGGAGGGCUUAUUGCUGGAGCUUUAUCAAUGGCUGGUCUGGUGCUUAUUUGUUACUUUAUAAGACGGUGCUCUAAUUCCUCCAGAAAUCAGAUGAGGGCAAAGCGCCUCCUGUGUGAAGCUGCAGGCAACUCAAGUGUUCCAUUUUAUCCUUACAAAGAAAUGGAAAGAGCUACUAAUUGCUUCUCUGAGAAACAAAGACUUGGAACUGGAGCCUAUGGUACAGUUUAUGCAGGUAAACUCCAGAGUGAUGAUUGGGUUGCCAUAAAAAGGUUCAGAUAUAGAGAUCCAGAUAGCAUUGACCAGGUGAUGAAUGAGAUUAAGCUCCUUUCCUCUGUCAGUCACCCUAAUCUUGUCCGCCUGUUGGGUUGCUGCAUUGAGGAGGGUGAACCAAUCCUUCUGUAUGAAUUUAUGCCUAAUGGAACUUUAUCCCAGCAUCUCCAAAGGGAGAGAGGCCAAGGAUUGCCAUGGACAAUAAGACUCACUAUUGCUACUGAAACUGCCAAAGCUAUAGCCUAUCUUCAUUCUGUUAUGAAUCCACCAAUUUACCACCGAGACAUAAAGUCCAGCAACAUACUCUUGGAUUUCAACUAUAAAUCUAAGGUGGCUGACUUUGGUCUUUCCAGGCUGGGCAAUGGCAUGACAGAUUCCCACAUCUCAACAGCUCCACAAGGAACUCCUGGGUAUCUUGAUCCCCAAUACCAUCAGUACUUCCAUCUUUCAGAUAAAAGUGAUGUCUAUAGUUUUGGUGUUGUUCUGGUAGAGAUUAUAACUGCAAUGAAAGUGGUUGAUUUCUCCCGCCCUCACAGUGACGUCAAUUUGGCUGCACUAGCCAUUGAUAGGAUUGGAAGAGGGUGUGUCGAUGAGAUAAUAGACCCAUGCCUUGAUCCACAUAAGGAUGCUUGGACACUCUCAUCUAUUCACAGUGUGGCCGAGUUAGCAUUUAGAUGCCUUGCUUUCCACAGGGACAUGAGGCCAACCAUGAUGGAAGUUGCAGAAGAGCUUGAGCAGCUCAGACUAAGUUCCUGGGUUCAAAAUAUGUACAUGGCAUCACCAAUUACUUCCUCUUGUUCAUCAGAUGACGAAAGUGAAAAAUCUUGUAUGACAGUCAAGAGUGCAAGGAGAGGGAGUAGAAAAUUGAUUUUUCCACCUAGAGGGAGUGAAAAAUCUUGUCUGACUUCAUUUGAUGAGGUGAAAGAUAGUUCUCCUGUUUCAGUGCAAGAUCCUUGGUUAAGCGCUCAUAGCUCGCCUUCAGCAAGCAGCUUGUUGGGUAAAGUAAUUCAGUGACCUCAAAGCUGUUUCUUAUAAUUUUGUGAAUACCAUGGGGUAUCUUAUAAUCUUCUAUUUCCAACCCUUUUGCUAGUAGUAAUAUGUAGUCUCUUAAAAGGGAUCUUGUUGUUUGUUUCAUCUAUCAUCCUUGUCCAACUCAUUUUAGAAAUACUGGGAAUGUCAAAAGUGGCAAGUGUAAGAAGUCUUGCUCAUAUAUUAUACCUAUAUAUAAAGUAAGAUUAUGAGUUUGUGUGCAUUGGCAUUCUUUCUU